UUUCUGGAUCUGCGUUAAACUGUUUCCUCCUCCCGACUGUGGCUCUCGCCAUCUCUCUCUCUCUCUCUCCCUCUCUCUCUCCAGGCUGCGCCUCAUUGGUGUGUCCUGAUUCCCUUUUUCCAUUAGGCUCCAGGCCCAUUGGUCGCCUGCCUCCCAACCAUUAUCUCCACUUCUCCACCCCUCUCUGUCAUCCUUCCUCCCUGCGCGCUCGCGCUCUCCCUCUGCCUGCCUCUCUCUCUCUCUCUCUCUCUUUCUCUCCUCCUCCUUCUUCUUCCCUCAUUCCCAGUCAUCUCGCAAGUCGUAAAAAUGAUUUACGUGCUGGAGGAGAGCAGAACUUUACAGUGAGCACAGUGAGUGACCGGGGGAGAGAGAGACGGAAGUGAAGGAAAGGCUGAAAAAAAAAGGGGGGGACAGGGAGCGCAUUCGCGAGGAAAAGUUGAAAGAGAAGACUGCAGUUGAAAAAUGAGUCUGGGGGAGAUGUGGUGAGCUCUUUCUCCCUAGCUGAACGUCAUUCGGGCACAGUGGAAGCAGAGGUCCGGACCACAGAGCUGUCUCAACUCCAAACCACUGCAGAUGGAGCUGGAUGCAGACGAUAAGCGCCAUCGAACACGCUCCAAAGUGCCUGUGGAUCCAGCGUUAACAGAGCUUUUCAGUGUGUAUGGCUGCCCUCUGGCCAAGAAGAGGAAGAGUCUAGACAGACAAACCCUGGAAACGUCCCCUAAGAGGAGCUCCUACCUAGAUGACAUGGACAACUCCACAAUGGAGGAAUGCUAUGAGACAGACGCAACGGAGGAGAUGGAUGAAAGGGAGGAAGAGGAGGAAGACGGUGCUGUAGAGGAGGAGGAGGAGGAGGAAGAAGAGGGGCAGGUGGAAGAGGAAGAGGAGGAGGUGGAAGGCUACAUGGACUACAACGUGGAGCAGAUGGAGCACGAAGACGGGGAAGUGGAGAGAGGUGACGGGGAUGGGGAUGACGAGGACGAGGAGGACGAGGAGGUAGAGGUGGAGCAAGAGGAGGAGGAGGGUGAUGAGGACAGAGUGGAGGAGGCGGAGGAGGAGGAAGCGGUAGAGGAAGUGGACUAUGAAGAGGAAGAGGAUGUAGAGCAGAGUCAAGGGCAAGCAGAGGACGAUCAGAUGAGCGGCGGUGAGGGGGGCGAGGGCGUCGGGGGAGGCGGCGGCGGCGGCAGCGCCAAGUCUGGCCCGGCGACAGAGAAGGACGGCAACAACAACGACGAGUACGAGAACUACGACGAACUCGUGGCCAAGUCGCUCCUGAACCUGGGGAAGAUCGCCGAAGACGCCGCCAACCGCGCCAUGACGGAAUCUGAGAUGAACAGCAACUCCUCCAACAGUGCCGAGGAGGAAGAGGAGGAGGAGGAGGAGGAGGAGGAGGAAGAAGAGGAAGAGGAGGAGGACGAUGAGGAGGAGGAGGAAGAAGAGGAUGACGAGGAGGAGGAAGAGGACGAGGAAGAGGAAGUGGAUGAAAGGCAGAGGGCUGAUCUGAGUUUGGACGUCGACAGCGACGUGGUGCGUGAGACGGUGGACUCCCUCAAACUGUUGGCUCAAGGUCACGGCGCCGUGUUGUCGGACAAUUUGGACGGACAGGAGUUUGAGGACGGCUCUGCCGGGAACCGGGGCGACGGCGACUGUCCUCUGAGCGGUGGGAACGCACACAACGGUGCUAACGGACAACAUAAGACCACCGGUAACGGACAGACGGACAACAGCGAGGAGGAAGUGUGUCUGAGCAGUCUGGAGUGCCUACGGAACCAAUGCUUCGACCUCGCGCGGAAGCUCAGCGAAACAAAGUCCACUGACAGAAACGGGCCGUCCCAGGAAAGUCACUUCCUGUGCGGGAAUCCCAAUCAGCAGCCGCAGCACCACGGCUACUCAGAGUUCCACCACUGCCAGGACGACAGGCGGACACUUGACAGGAACUACUCAGACAUGGAUAAUCUCAUGAAGCUCGAGGAGCAGCUGAGCCCGCGCUCCAAAGCGUUCUCCAGCUGUGCGCAGGACGACCGGUAUCACAUCAACCACCGGGACUUCGACGAGGACACCGCCUCGGUGACGUCAGACCGAUCAGAAGAAGUGUUCGACAUGACGAAGGGGAACCUGUCCCUGCUGGAGAAGGCCAUCGCGCUAGAGUCCGAGCGCGCCAAGGCCAUGCGAGAUAAAAUGGCGGCUGAGGCCGCCAGGAGAGACGGCGUGAGGUACAACCACGAAGACCACGGCCCGCGGCACGGUUAUGGCGUUGAGCGUAAAGCCCGCCUGCCCGAUGGACUGAAGAAGCCUUUCUACCAUAAAGACGCUUCUCGUGCCGACAAGAAGGAGAGCCGGUGUCCGACGCCAGGCUGCGACGGCACCGGUCAUGUGACCGGCCUGUACCCGCAUCACCGGAGCCUGUCUGGCUGUCCGCACAAAGACAGGGUGCCGCCUGAAAUUGUGGCAAUGUAUGAGAAUGUUCUAAAGUGUCCUACGCCUGGCUGCACGGGACGCGGCCAUGUCAAUAGCAACAGAAACUCCCACAGAAGUCUGUCUGGAUGUCCCAUCGCUGCGGCCGAGAAGUUGGCUAAAGCCCACGAGAAGCACCAGACCUGCACUGGCCCCAAGUCCAACCAGGCCUCCGACAGAGUCUUGAGGCCUAUGUGCUUUGUCAAACAACUGGACUAUCCACAGUAUGGUUACAAGAACAAUGUCUCCACCAGCACGCCCCGCUCCAACCUGGCCAAGGAGCUGGAGAAGUAUUCCAAGACCAGCUUCGACUACAGCGCCUUCGACGGCGGCAGCAACCACCAGGUGUACGGGAAACGGGCCAUCGCACCCAAGCUGCACGGACAGAGAGACACGUCACCCAAAGGAUAUGACGCCAAACGUUACUGCAAGAACUCCAGCUCGGCCAGCAGCACCACGAGCACCUACGCGCCCAGCAGCAGCAGCAGCAACCUGAGCUGCGGCGGGGGAGGGCGCGGCGUGGGAGGAGGGGGCGGCGGCAGCAGCGCCAGCAGCACCUGCAGCAAGAGCAGCUUCGACUACAGCCACGACAUGGAGGCCGCCCACAUGGCGGCCACGGCCAUCCUCAACCUGUCCACGCGCUGCAGGGAGAUGCCGCAUGGCAUGGACGGGAAGCCUCAGGACCUGUGCUCGCAGAGUCCUGGUCUCGAUGUGGACGAGAACGGUACGUUGGACCUGAGCAUGAGCAAGCGUCUGUGCAGCGGCGACGCUGGGGGAGACUCUGUGCUCACCCCUCUCGAGCCCAUGUCGCCCCAGAGGCAAGCCGCCCUGCUGGGCUCCCGCUGCUACGGCAUGGGGGACGCCGCUGACUGCUGGGACCUGCCAGUCGACUACACCAAGAUCAAACACAUAGACGAGGACGACAAAGAGCCAGAUGAACUGGAUCCCUUCCACGACCUGCUGGAGGAUCGCUCCUUCACCACGGAUGUCAACAUGCCCAGUCCCAAGCCCAAGUACCUCCAGUGCAAGGAGAGUAAGAAGGACCUGAUAACAUGUCCCACACCGGCGUGUGAUGGAAGUGGUCACUUGACGAGCAAUUUCUCCUCACAUCGAAGUCUCUCAGGUUGCCCUUUAGCUGAUAAAAGCAUUCGAAGUAUGCUGGCCAACAACGCGCAAGAGCUCAAGUGCCCGACACCAGGGUGCGAUGGUUCGGGACAUAUCACUGGCAACUACGCCUCACACAGAAGUCUCUCAGGGUGUCCACGGGCCAGGAAAAGUGGGAUAAAGAUCAUCCACAGCAAAGAGAACAAGGAAGACCAGGAGCCUAUCAAGUGUCCCGUCCCCGGCUGUGACGGUCAGGGACAUGUGACCGGGAAGUAUGCGUCCCACAGAAGUGCGUCCGGAUGCCCCAUAGCAGCCAAGAGACAGAAGGACGGCUAUCUAAACGGCAUCCAGUUCACAUGGAAGUCGGGGAAGACGGAGGGCAUGUCCUGCCCCACGCCGGGCUGCGACGGCUCGGGUCACGUCAGCGGCAGCUUCCUCACACAUCGGAGUCUGUCGGGUUGUCCACGUGCCACCUCCGCCAUGAGGAAAGCCAGGCUCUCUGGAGUAGAAAUGCUCACAAUAAAGCAGCAACGCGCCAGCAACGGGCUGGAGCACGAGGAGGAGAUCAAACAGCUGGACGACGAAAUCAAAGGUUUAAGUGAAUCUAAUUCGCAAGUGGAGUCCGACAUGAUUAAGCUGAGAACGCAGAUCACAACCAUGGAGUCCAACCUGAAGUCCAUGGAGGAGGAAAACAAGAAACCACUGGCGCACAAAGAGCCUCCGCUACAGAACAGCUGCUUACAGAUGCACCAACAAGGGCCAAUCAGCGAGCAGAACUUUGACGCCUAUGUGACCACUCUAACGGAUAUGUACACAAAUCAAGACCAGUACCAUAACCCCGAAAACAAAGCCCUGUUGGAAAACAUCAAGCAAGCUGUUCAAGGGAUUCAAGUGUAACCAUGCAGUCAAUGGAGACUCAGUCUGAACCCACGGGCAAACAGGCGGAGAUGGUUCGAGCUCCUCGGUCCGGUGCAGUAUCUUAUAUAGUGUUAAUAUUCUAAAUUCUUCUUUUUUUUUCUCUCAAAAAAAGAGGUGUCACGCUUCGAAAGACCUCAAGCUCAUUUCUUUCCGUCUUUGGUUCCUUUUUGGCUCUUGCUUUGAGGAAGAACACAAACGAGUAAACCGCAAAGUAGUUUUUGAAGACAUUCACAUUUUGUACGUUUUCAUAUGAGCUGACAUCGUGUCAUGUCAUGUUUCUAGCUGCUCAUGUAUGCACAUUUUUAGUGUAUAUUCCUGAACAGUAAGCUAAUGAUAACGGAACAUUCGUUCCUUUUAUCGUUUCGGAAAAAAAAAACCAUGGACAGUGAAAUAAAACUGAAAAAAAAACACCGCGCGUAAGAAGAAAGCGGUUUGGUUUUCUCUCAGCGGGUGAUUUUUGGACUUGUUUCUUCUCCUUCUUCCUCUUCUUCUUCUUUUCUUCUUGUGUGUAGAUUAUUCAAGAGCAAGAACUGGUUUGCAAAUUGCUUUAUUUUCUGACAAUGCUUGAGAAAUGUUUGUGUUUGUUUUUCCUUUCCUUUCUUUUUUUUUUUUAUGGAAACAAAAAGGAAGUGUAGCUGUAGGUGGGGGCAUUUUUAAUCGGUGCUGUAAAUGAAUCUGAAGAGGAAACUGACCAGAUGUUUGUAUGAAUGUAUGUAUGAACAGUCUGCAUAUUGUAAACAUCACUACACGGAAACCCGAUGGUGGAAUUCCCAAGAUCUAGGAGAGCCAAUUCAUUCCUAGAGGAAGACAUCUGUGCGGCGCAUGCAUGUUCACAUGCUCAUCCUUGAUUAAUCUCAAAUAGAAAUGACGUGUAAAGACAAUGACCUAGACCACGUUUUAGCCUUUCUAGUAUCAAAUCUGCUCAAUCUCAAGACCUGUGUUGCUAGGAUCAAGAAACGUCUCAGCAAUAGAAUUAUGAAAUCAUUUGUUUAUAUAAGGUACAGGAUGCAAUCUGCGAAAGGGAAAAAAAGCGGUUGGGUAUAUGCAAUUUCUUGUUUAUAAGCAUAGAGGGGUAACAUGAGUCUUUUUAAUAUAGCCUAUGUAAAAUAUUGAUUUUUAUACAAAUCUUUUAAUACAAAAAGUCUUUUUAAAAAAGAGGAGGGAACCUGAACAUUGAGAUUUAGAAGGGGGAAAGUAUAUGAGUUCCACUUUUUUUCUGUACGAUUUUGCACAGGGACACCUUCGUUUCCAUGUUUUGAUGUUCUUACAGGAACUAAAAGCAGUACCCGAGCACCUAAAAGGAGGGUUUCAGAGCGUUUUUUAAAGAGUAUUUAUAGAGUAUGACAGCGGGACUUACAGGGUCACUGUCCCCACUUAUGUGCCAGUAGACUAUUUGCACUUGUCCUUGAAGAUAUUAUCCUUGUGUACGGCGGCGUGCAAUUUUCCAGGUGACCUCUUUGGCACACGAUUGGAGCAACCAACUGCUUGGAGCCACUGUAUGUGUGGAUUUAGUACCACUGAAGAAGGAAGAACAGGGACUUGAAAUCAGAGAAAAAAGGAUGAUUAUAACCAUAGCAGUUAUACUGUAGGCUAUUAUGUAAAA